AAGGGAGAGAUAACACAAGAAGAAGAAGAAGAAGAAGAAGAGCAGAGCAGAGCAGAGCAGAGCAGCCCACGCAGCUGAGAGAAACAAACUCCCAAGGUAGAUUUGAGAGAGACAAAUAACCAGCCUCUUCAAACACAAUCACAGAGAAGAGCUUACUAGAACAAACACAAACAAGAAAAUUUCAGAGAGAGAGAGUUUUCUGUAGACGUUGCUUGUUCUCUACAUAUUUGUUCAGGGGUUCCUUCAUUCUUAAUGCAAUUAUCUUAGGGCAUGGAUAAAGACGAGAAAAACCAGAGAGCAAACAAAGCAGUAGAGCCAGAUUUUUUCUUGCAGUGGGGGAAUAAAAAGAGGCUUAGAUGUGUGAGAGUAAGAGGCCCUCAAAUCAUCUCACAGAGAUCCGAUGGUGUGUUUCACAGGAAAAUCACAACUCGGAUUGAUAGACGCAUCGUUUCUCCUGUUACAGAGAAAGAAACUUUUCCUCAAUCCAAUCGUAUUACCAGGAAUUCUGAGGCAGCAACACUCCGGUCGAGUGUAACUGAGAACCGCAAAUCGACAUCGCCGGAGAAAGAAGAUAGGUAUUACACCACAAGAGGGUCAGUGGGUGUGGAUGAAAAUGGGAAGAUUUCAAUUGAUUGUAACAAUGGAGAGGAUAAAGGACAUGUUUGGCCAAAGCUAUAUAUCACACUGUCAAGCAAAGAAAAAGAGGAGGAUUUCAUGGCUAUGAAAGGUUGUAAGCUUCCUCAACGGCCCAAAAAGAGGGCCAAGAUCAUCCAAAGAAGCUUGCUUUUGGUGAGUCCUGGAGCAUGGUUGACUGAUAUGUGCCAAGAGAGGUAUGAAGUGAGAGAGAAGAAGAGUUCUAAGAAGAGACCAAGAGGAUUGAAAGCCAUGGGAAGCAUGGGAAGUAUGGAAAGUGAUUCAGAAUGAAAAUUGUUGCAUUACAGGAGCAGAGACUUUUCUUUCUUAUUUUUUUUUUAGAAAUUUUUGGAAUUUUUUUGUUUGGAGAUCUUGGUAAUGUGAUGAAUAGAAGAUGUUUAGAGUCGGAGAAGAGAGGGUAGAGAGCACUAAGAAGAGGUCUCUGCUUUUGUUUGUUGUACAGAUCUAAGCUUCAUUUUUAUCAGUGAGAAAAUAAUUUCUUUUUUCAUUUA